AUGUCGGCAAGGAGGCAACCUUCGACGACGUCCCUAUCAAAAUUCGCGCGUACUAACUCUCCCAUCUCGCAAAACCGAUCGCUUGAUUUCUGCAAUUCAUUCUGGGGUAUCGGCGAUGGGGGCGUCGAUGUCUUGUUCGCGAGAAUGAGGGGUGCUACUAGGACUAUGGAGGAGCUUAAAGUGUUCUGGAAGGAGAGAGCCGCCAUCGAAGACGAAUACGCAAAACGAUUAGCAAAACUCGCUAAAAUGACCCUUGGACGCGAUGAAAUUGGGGAGCUCCGCAAUUCACUGGACACUGUCCGUCUCGAAACGGAUCGUCAAGCCGGAUAUCACCUCAAUCUAUCUCAACAAAUCCGAACAGAACUUGAGGGGCCCGCUGCAGCUUUUCAUGCUCGCCAACUACAUCACAAGAAAACCUAUCAAACGACCAUUGAGAAGGAAUUCAAGACGAAGCAGACACAAGAGUCAUACGUCAACAAAGCACGCGAAAAGUAUGAACAAGAUUGUCUCAGGAUCAAUUCUUUUACUGCGCAGGCAUCGUUGGUCCAAGGAAAAGAUCUCGAAAAGAUCCAACUCAAGCUGGAAAGGACACAACAGACGGUUCAAACUAACGAACGGGAAUUUGCAAGUUUCUCCAAAGCCCUACAGGAUACCGUUCAGAAAUGGGAACAGGAUUGGAAAAGCUUUUGCGACAGUUGUCAAGAUCUCGAGGAGCAACGAAUGGAAUUUAUGAAGGACAACAUUUGGGGUUAUGCAAACGCUGUUUCUACUGUCUGUGUUGCUGAUGACGAGUCUUGUGAACAUAUACGAGUGGCCCUUGAGCAGGUUGAACCCGACAAGGACAUGGAAAACUUCGUUCGGGACUAUGGUACAGGCAACCAAAUUCCUGACCCUCCCGCUUUCGUCAACUAUCAGGCUCCGGAUGCGAUUCCAUCGUCAUCAGCUCGUCCUACUAGCCGGAUUGCCAACUUUGCUCGUGCGACCACACGUGAACUUCCUUUACGAUCAAGCUCUAUGCCUCCGGAUGACGAGCCAUCUAUCAAUACAGCUGGCAUCGGUGCCGGAGGGGGAGGCACCCGAAGAGCAGAUUCUUAUAUAUCAGACUCUGAAGUCUCUCGUCAACCUACUCGUAAUGGUGCUGGAUCUAGUUCUCAGUCUCAACAACCGCAUAUCAAUGGAAACUCUUCUCAUCAUGCAACAUCGAGUGUUGGGUCGAACUCAGCAGCUGCUUCCUCUCAACAAGCUGUUCGUAGGCAGUCUACUGUAUCGCCACCAUUUACACAGCAGCAGCAAUUGCAAAGAGUGCUCCAGGAUCCACACGCCGAGACUAUUGACCCCACAGCGGAGACGUACAUCAAGGUUGGCAACCAGGCGUACAAAGUCGAUCUCAAUAAUGAUCCUCAACAGCAAGCUUCGGGCUCAUCGGCAUCACGUCAGAAUACAACCGCAUCUCCUUCGAAGCAGAAUGGCGGUGUCGACCCAUUGAUGAAGCAGCUAGAAGAACUGAAGAACGCUGUCUCAACAUCUGGAAGUGUCAGGCGAAACACCCUACACAAGCCAAAGACGGGUUCUACUGGCGCGGAGCCGAAACCGGGGCAUGCAUCUACGCCUUCGAUUUCGUCACGUAGUGUAGGACCAGCGUCCUCAUCGUUGUCGUUGCCUGGAGGGAGCUCUGCGCAUGCAGGAGGAUCCGGGUCCCAAAAUCGCUCGCCUUCGCCUGCUCGCGACUAUAGAAACUCGGCUGAAAUUGUCGUUGGCGCCCAUCCGUCCGCGUCGAGGCCAGUUUCGCCUGCAGCUCCCACUGCAGCCUUUAUGCUUCCCAAAUCUGGUACACCUGUUGGAGCAGAGAUUGUGCAGGAAGUGUUGGCUGAUUAUCAACAAUCAUUACCUGGCGAGAGAAAGUCGAUUAGUCGCAGCAACAGUGUUAAUAGGGAACAUGCGCAUACUAUGAGCCAGGGGUCAAUUGCGGCUCCUGCCAAUGCUGGGCAAAACCUUGCUAGGCCACCCAGUCAGCUGGGGCACGCGGGUAUUGGUGCCCAUGGUGGUUCGAGGAGCAACAGUCCACAACCUAUUUCUAGAGGCCCGAGUCCUGCACCUAAUAACAGCGUUGGCAUAACAGGAAGGAACAGCCUUGCUUCUCCAACACAGGCCGGACCGGGCGUUGCGCGCGCGCCGAGUCCGAAUACUGUUGGUAUCGCUCUCGAUCCAAGCGGGCGGGUGCUACACGAUGAGAUGGCACAGAGGUAUCAGCAGCAACAACAACUGCAGCAGCAGCAGCAGCAGCAUCAGAUACCUAGGCAAGUGAUUCCACCUCAGACAGUGCAGCCAACGUACCAGCCGCCCCCGCCGCCGGUGCAACAGCAGCCAUCGCCCAUUCAGCAACAGCCAGUGCAGCGUAGGAAUAGCUAUGUCAACCCGCUCGCCGCACCCGUUCAGGGGUAUGCAGGGAUGACCCCUCCACCACCGCCGCAAGCCGCGUACCAGACGCCCUCGCCGCAGCCUAGUUAUGUCCAGCAGCAGCAGCAACAGAGUGUGCCGCCGGUGUAUAACCAGCCGCCGGCUCAGCAAUACCAGGUUCCACCUCAGCAACAGCAGCAGCAGAGGUAUGGUGCACCACAGCAGCAACAGCCACAACAACAGGCGGUGUAUGGCAAUAUGGGUAUGAAUGGUGUGCAGAGGGGGUAUUAUGGCAAUCAGACGCCGCCUCAGCAACAACCGGUCCAGCAAGUCCAGCAGCAAGGACGUGUUGUGCAACAGCAACAGCAGCAGCCCCAACAACUGAGAGGGUAUCAGCAACAGCAGCAACAGCCUAGCCAGCUUGCAUAUGCGCGUGAUCCUAGUCCUGUUGGACGAUCGCCGUCCCCGCAACCACCUCCACAGAUUACGGAUGACGGGAGCAACGUUCUCUUCUAUGUGAAAGCGUUGUAUGAUUACACAGCGACGAUUGAUGAGGAGUUUGACUUCCAGGCGGGAGAUAUUAUUGCUGUUACGGCUACGCCGGAGGAUGGGUGGUGGAGUGGUGAGCUGCUUGAUGAGGCGCGUAGGCAGAAGGGAAGGAAUGUGUUCCCGAGCAAUUUCGUCUGCUUGUUCUGA